UCGAGCGACAGUAUGGUGUCGAACAACAGCGUGGACAACAGGCUGGGCUCGGGAGACGGUGGCAUCGGAGGUGGUGGCGGAGGAGGACCACCACCUGCCAACACUACCAUCACUAGUCCAGCCGUGUACACCGUACCGCUGAGUAAUUCUGGCUACCGCAACAAAGGUUACAAAGAGGACAACAGCGAUGGUCUGCCACCGGAUCCUCAGAAGCCACCUCAAAUCCCCGACGACGACGGCCAGUCUCGCAAGUUCAAGCUGUCGCGCAGCGAGAAGUGGCGCAUCCUUAAGAACAUCGGCACCGUAAGCGUCGCGUUCAUGGUGCAGUUCACGGCGUUCCAAGGCACAGCCAACCUGCAGUCGUCGAUCAACGCCAGCGAGGGUCUCGGCACUGUGUCACUGUCGGCGAUUUACGCCGCGCUCGUACUGAGCUGCAUCUUUGUGCCGACGUUCCUUAUCAAGAGGCUGACCGUCAAGUGGACCCUGUGCUUAUCAAUGCUUUGCUACGCGCCUUACAUCGGAGCGCAGUUUUAUCCCAGGUUUUAUACCCUCGUGCCAGCUGGCAUUUUACUUGGUCUCGGUGCUGCGCCCAUGUGGGCCGCUAAAGCUACGUACCUCACGCAAGUCGGUGGGGUUUAUGCGAAGCUUACCGAUGAACCGGCUGACGCUAUUGUCGUGCGAUUCUUCGGAUUCUUCUUCCUGGCCUGGCAGACUGCUGAGUUAUGGGGAAAUCUCAUAUCGUCACUUGUGUUGAGCGGUGAUGCGCAUGGUGGUGGAUCAUCGCCGAGUAUUAACGGCAGCCUAAUUGCCGGACCAGUCAGAGAAGUGCAGAAGUGCGGCGCUCAAUUCUGCAUCCAAGGUGGCACUCAUGAGAAUCUCAAUAGGCCGCCUGAUUCGGAGAUUUACGAAAUCUCGAGCAUCUACCUCACCUGCGUGAUGGUCGCGGUGCUCAUCGUUGCGCUUUUCGUUGAUCCGUUAUCAAGGUACGGCGAGAAGCAGAGGCGGAACGACAGCUCGGAGCUGGGUGGCAUCCAGCUGCUGUCGGCGACGGCAUACCAACUGAAGAAGCCCUACCAGCAGCUGCUCAUACCCAUCACCGUGUGGAUCGGCAUGGAGCAGGCCUUCAUCGGCGCCGAGUUUACGCAGGCGUACAUCUCGUGUGCGUUGGGGGUGCACAGGGUCGGCUACGUGAUGAUCUGCUUCGGCGUAGUGAACGCCGGCUGCUCGCUGCUGUUUGGCUCGGUGAUGAAGUUCGUCGGCAGGCAACCGCUGAUGGCACUCGGCACUGUCGUCCACACGUCCCUCAUCGGUGUACUAUUGAUGUGGCACCCGCAUCCCGACAACUCUUACAUGUUCUACACUGUCUCCGGGCUCUGGGGUGUCGGCGACGCUGUCUGGCAGACUCAGGUCAACGGACUGUACGGCACGCUGUUCCGUCGUAACAAGGAAGCAGCCUUCUCUAACUAUCGCCUAUGGGAGUCGGCUGGAUUCGUAGUGGCCUACGCGUACAGUACUCAUCUGUGCGCCAGAAUGAAGCUGUACGUGAUGCUGGUAGUGCUGAUAGUCGGCACGAUCGGCUACAUUGUCGUGGAAUUGCUGCACAGACGCAAGCAGAAGCGACUCAAAGCGCUGGCCGAAGAUCCAAAGGCAGCGCAAGCGGCAGCCGAGGCGAACCAACCGGAAGAAACGGACGACGAGAAAGACGACAUCGACGACGACAUUAUCAUUACGCACCUGUGAGGAGGUGGCUUUCCCUUACGUGUUUGUUUGAUUUGUCCUACUUUUUCUUGUACAUAAAUCCAUCGCCUGUCGCGCGACUAGUUAUCACUUUUAAACUUUGUCUUCGAUUGAUGGAUUGAUUGGGCCUGCACCGGAGGCUGUGAGAGUUGUUAUACCGAAAGCAUUGUUGAUUUUUAUUGCGAGCGAGUCGACGAAAGGGAGAAGAAGCAGUGCGUGCUUGAGCGCGGAUUUUUAACGGCCGGACGAUCUGUAGUUUAUUUGAUAAUAUAUAUAGCAAUUGUACCUCGACCGAGAGAAUAUUUUUCCCCGAACACGCGAGGAUGACAAGUAUAUAUAUAUUUUAGAAUUGAAUCCGAGUUUCAUCUUGACAUAUACUCGGCACGUUUUAUAAGUAGACCAUAUAAUAUUACGCAAAAAAAAACAAAACAAUGAAGUAACAAAUAAAGUAGCUAGCACAAGUGUGAUCUCACGUGGAAAAGUGAGCCUUGUCCAUGAUAAACAAUCUCAUCAACCUUUUAUAUACAUUACAUUUCAAUUUUUCGAGUGAAUAUCGUCAUUUAUACACUAUUAUUUUUUUUUGUUCGUUUAUUUGUGUUUUUGUCGCGCGCGCAUCUUUGUACAGUACAUCUUAAAUAUAUAAAUAGGCCGCCAUCCCGGCUCUGAUCUGUGCGCUUCACUAUUCGAAGUUUAGAUAGCAUUCUCUUGCAUUACAUGCAUAUUUCUUAUUUUGUUUCUUUUUCUUCCUCUCUUUUUUUCUUUGCAUACGCGGUCGUAUUAUUAACUUCUAGUAUUACAUGCCUCUCGAUAAUUUUCUUCAGGCAAUCAAUAAGAUUUGUCGCGAUUGCGGACCAUUAUAGAAAAAAAUGUACGUUGAGAGAGAGAGAGAGAGAGAGAGAGAGAGAGAGAGAGAGUGUAUAUGAGAGAGAGAGAGAGAGAUUGUUUGACUAUUUUUACUAUUAUACCACUACUAUUGUAUUCCUUAAUUGGUAGUCGUACUCUGUUGCCUGUAUUUUUUUGCCUCCGUUUGCGUUCUACCGAGAGAUCUAAAAUAGACCUAUGCGAUUUCAUUGUUAAUUAUUUUAGUCGCGAAGUAUUGUUAUUAUUAUUAUUAUUAUUAUUAUUAUUAUUAUUAUUGAUUAUUGAUUAUUGUAACUAUAUCAUAUUUUCGACACCGUAAUGUUAUCUUAGAGCUGAUUAAAGCGAGUAUGAUUUUAUUAAAAGUGAAC